AUGGCACAGGACCGUCUGACAGUACCACCUAGCAUUGGAGAUCGCAGCACAUCCUUGUCGCCUCUGUUGUCAGAAACACCAGUCGACCCUGCAGCAGUUGUAGAGAUUGCACUUGAAGUUCAGCUGGAACGACGGAGGCGUUGGAAACUCGUGACAUUUCGUCCUUCUGGGUACGAAUCGCGACACUACCAAAAACUACUUGCCUUCUGGAACUGUCGUGCUCCGUGUACCUCGCGGCCGUCGGAAAAGUUUGUCCCAGUUGUAAAUGACGAUUCCAACGAAGAGGUCGUCCUGUCAUCGCUUUCAUUGGGUGGUAGUGCUGCGAAGGCCAUUGCUGCGCGACAUUCCAUACUUGCCGCGCUGCCCCUUCCUUCCAACAUCCUAAUAGUUGAACUGCAGCCUAUCGUGCUGCUACACCCAUAUUUAUUAGGAGAUUCCUUCCGCAAUACCAUGGACGUACACCCAAUCUUCCUCUCUAAUCCGUUCUCUAACCAGAAUCUUCAGACCAGGGAAUUACCACGUCUUGACACAAGUCACGACGUACUGGUGCCCAGAUCGGGGAAUGGGUACUUUCUCACUCCAGUUCUCAAGUGCGCCACUAAUCUGCGCGUCGUCAAUGCUCAUCGGUGGUCGCCCGUUGACGUGCUUGGUCACAUACGAGAAGCGACCGAAUGCUCUUAUCACAAAGACGGGAAGUGGUAUUAUGCUUGCACGUAUAAGGCGUUUCGCAUGGACGAUCUGACGACGCAAGAAGUGGGAUUUGCUCUCGACCGAGGCACAGGAUAUAAUUCACGAGCGGUAAUCAAAGAGACUUUUGCGGGCCGGGAGGAUGUGCCGCCUCAAAACACGCACGAAACAGGUCAAGUGUAUGCAACUGGAACCCUUAGGGUAUCUUGCGUUGGACUGCAAUACAUUGGAUUCAAUGACGCCGUUCUGGAACAAUCCCGAUUCGUACACUGA